AGGCUGCCUCGCAGACUUCUCUCAAUACAGUCAGAGUGAACUGCGGGGGCACGCGGAGUGGAUUUCUGCAGUCACCGACAGCGGAAAGAGCCUCAAAUAAGGAUUUUUUUAUUGAGCUGUUUCGACUCACAGCCCCGCUUUUGUGUUAUUUUCGCCUGUUUGUUUUGGAACUCGACAAACGGAACUUCUCUUGAGUUUGGAGAGCCUUUUUUCAGAUAUGGACAGUCGGCGACCCGCUGCAGGGAGCGACUGGCCGGUGUACCCUCAGUAGACUUGGGAAUAAAACUGUGAACUCGCCUUCUGGGUUUUUUUUGACUGGAUGUUUCAUGAAGCGUUUCGCAUUUUUGGUCAGUUCUGGGACACCGUGGAUUUACCAGGUUCGGAAACGGAUAGAUAUUCGUGACUCACUGUCGACGACCAGAAGGAUUUACGCUUCUAAAGUUGAAGGAAAAACAUGGAGACUGUAAAUCGGCAGAGCUUCCAGCCUCACCCGGGACUGCAACAAACUCUCAAGCAGUUUCACCUCAGCUCUAUGAUCUCUUUGGGCGGACCGGCGGCUUUCUCUGCCCGGUGGCAACAUGAGCUCCUGUUCAAGAAGGACGGAAAGGAGCCCGAGCCGGCUCUGCAGCAUCUGCCGCCCCCGGUGAUGCCGGGCCCGCUGUUUAUUCCGUCGGACCGCUCCACUGAGAGGUGCGAGACUGUGCUGGAGAGCGAGACCAUCUCCUGCUUCGUGGUCGGCGGGGAGAAGCGACUGUGUCUGCCGCAGAUCCUCAACACGGUGCUGCGGGACUUCACCCUGCAGCAGAUCAACUCAGUUUGCGAUGAUCUGCACAUCUACUGCUCUCGGUGCACGGCGGACCAGCUGGAGAUCCUCAAAGUCAUGGGGAUCCUGCCCUUCUCUGCACCGUCCUGCGGUCUCAUCACCAAGACGGACUCCGAGCGGCUCUGCAACGCCCUGAUCUACGGAGGCGCCUACCCUCCGCGCUGCAAGAAGGAGCUGAGCGGAGGCUCCCUGGAGCUGGAGCUCACCGAGAGGAGCUUCAAAGUCUACCACGAGUGUUUCGGCAAGUGCAAGGGGUUGUUCGUGCCGGAGCUGUACACCAACCCCAACGCAGCGUGCAUCCAGUGCAUGGACUGCAGACUCAUGUACCCUACCCAUAAGUUCGUGGUGCACAGUCACAAGGCACAGGAGAACAGGACUUGCCACUGGGGCUUCGACUCGGCCAACUGGAGGGCGUACAUUCUCCUGGGCCAGGAUUACUCGGGGAAAGAGGAGAAGGCCCGUAUGGAGCAGCUCCUGGACGAGAUCAAGGAGAAAUUUGACUUCGCCAACAAGUACAAGAGGAAAGCAUCGUCCAGGGCAUCUGACCCCGUCCCUAUCAAACGGUCCAAACAUGAAGACUUCCCCUCGCCGGCCCUGCAGUCGGACAAAGAGAAGCAGCACGACUGGCUCCAGUCCCUGUCCGCCGCCAAUAAGGGGCUUAACUGCAUCCAGCCCAGGCAGAGACCCUCAGCUUUCAGACCCUGGUCCCCCCACAUCUCUGCUGGAGAGAAGGAGCCCUCCAGUCACCCCCUGGCCCUGCUGAGAGACAGCUUCUACAACUACAAGAGUAUAGAGAAAGCGGUGGCCCCCAAUGUGGCCCUCACACCGCUGCCCCUGGGGAAGGUAGGUCCAAUGUCCCUGUCGGUACCCAGCACCUCCCACCCGAGCGGAGGUGAGCCCCCGGGCGAGGGCGCCAGCUCCAGGCCCCGCAAGAGAAGAGCCACAGAGGAGCUCCAGACCCCAGAGCCGGAGCCCCCCUGCCCCCCGCCCGCAGCCGCCGCCAGCAAGCUGCCGCUGCCCCCCCCUCAGGACGACAAGGAAUCUGAGGUGGAGAUCGAAGUGGAGAGCCGCGAUGAAUUCACAUCCUCCCUGUCCUCCCUGUCGUCGCCAUCCUUCACCUCGUCCAGCAGCUCAGCCAAGGACCUGAGCUCGCCGGGGGCCCAGGGGCCCGUCUGCACCGUCACGUCGGCUGAGGGCCCCCCUCCCACACCCACACCCGCUGCAGCCCCUGUGGCCCCCUCAGAGGGGGGGCUAGAGUCGGAGCUGGAGAGUCUGAGGCAGGCGCUGGACAGCGGACUGGACUCCAAAGAGUCCAAGGAGAAGUUCCUGCAUGAGAUCGUGAAGAUGAGGGUGAAGCAGGAGGAGAAGCUGGGGUCCGCCCUGCAGGCCAAACGCAGCCUCCAGCAGGAGUUGGAGUUCUUGCGGGUGGCGAAAAAGGAAAAGCUGCGGGAGGCGACCGAGGCGAAGCGAAACCUGAGGAAGGAAAUCGAGCGCCUGCGAGCCGAGAGCGAGAAGAAGAUGAAGGAAGCCAACGAGUCGCGGAUCCGUCUGAAGCGGGAGCUGGAGCAGGCGCGGCAGCUGAGAGUGUGUGACAAAGGCUGCGAGGCCGGGAGGCUCCGCGCCAAGUACUCUGCACAGAUCGAGGACCUCCAGAUGAAGCUGCAGCACGCCGAGGCCGACCGCGAGCAGCUCCGAGCCGACCUGCUGCUGGAGCGGGAGGCCCGGGAGCACCUGGAGAGGGUGGUGAAGGAGCUGCAGCAGCAACUCUGGCCCAGCGACAAGGAGGGGGCGCCUCAGGACACACUCGCUGAAAACUAACCCAGCAGCCAACCCCCCCCCCCCCCCACCCCCCAAUCGCCC